AUGGUAGCUAGGGAUCGGAUCUGUUAUUUUUAUUACGAAGGGGUUGGAAACUUCCACUAUGGGCCUCAUCAUCCAAUGAAACCUCAUCGCUUGGCUGCUUGUCACAAUCUUGUCGUCAAUUAUGGAUUAACGGAAUAUAUGAAAUGCAUUCAACCAGCUAAAGCCUCAGCCCAAGACAUGAUGAGAUUUCAUUCAACAGAUUACAUUAACUUUUUGCAAAGAGUAACCCCAUCAAACGCUGAUAUGUACGAGAAAUACUUUGGCAAGUUUAACAUUGGAGAAGAUUGGUAAGUAUUUCUAAAUGGAGUAUAAUGCAACAUCAUUUAGCCCUGUCUUUGACGGCGUCUAUGAUUUCUGCUCGAUGUACACAGGAGGUUCAUUGGAAGGGGCCAUGAGAUUGAAUGCCGGUGACUGUCAGAUAGCCGUUAAUUGGAGUGGAGGAUUGCAUCACGCCAAAAAAUGGGAAGCCAGUGGAUUUUGUUAUGUAAACGACAUUGUCAUUGCUAUUACUGAGUUAUUAAAAUGGCACAGUCGGUAAGAGAGCCUGUUUCAUUAAAAAGCAUCACCUUCACAGAGUUUUGUACAUUGACAUCGACAUUCAUCACGGCGAUGGUGUAGAAGAGGCCUUCCAGUUGACCGACCGCGUGAUGACUGUUUCCUUUCACAAAUACGGGAAUUCCUUUUUUCCGGGUACCGGCGAUAUGUAUGAUAUUGGGAUGGCCAGAGGGAGAUAUUAUUCAGUUAAUGUACCCAUGAGAGAAGGAAUGGAUGACGAGGGGUACCAUCAGUUAUUCAAGCCUAUUAUUAGUGCCGUAAUGGAAAAUUACGACCCCUCAGCGAUUGUUUUACAGUGCGGAUCCGAUUCCUUGGGAUGUGACCGAUUGGGAUGCUUCAAUCUUAGCUUUGAUGGACAUGGGUAAGAUCUUCAGCGUACACUCACAAUUUAAAUAUUUUGUGUCUUUAGGGAAUGUGUGAAGUAUGUGAAAGGAUUUGGGAGGCCUCUUCUUGUCCUGGGAGGUGGUGGAUACACAUUAAGGAACGUGGCCAGAUGCUGGGCCAAUGAAACCGCCAUUUUGGUGGACAAACGGGACGAAAUCUCCAACGAAAUCCCGGAAAGCUCACCUUAUUUGGAGUUCUUUGCACCUGACUUUACCCUACGGCCCGAAUUGGCACGGAGAUGUGAUAAUAUGAAUACGAAAGAGGUAAUAUUCGUGUCCGUCCAAAAUUGGCAGAAACCAAAAUGGGGAUGCCAUGACGGACAGAUUUAUGAAAUCUUUGCAAAUAUCCUCAACAUCCUUAUAUCUUUGUAAAAAAUGUGUACCUUAUGUGAAAGUUAUAUUCCUUUUUAUGAUUUUCUUGGCAUCCAUUGGAUGACCAAUGUUUUUGUGCCAAAGAGAAAAAAUUUACAUUUAUUUUUCAAAAUUACAUUUCUAUCAGAAAAAUGACUUUUGUAGCGAUCUCAUUGCCCAUGAAUUGACUAUUUUUAGAACCAACUUAAAAAGAUUUACAUUUUUACUUUACAAUACGGGAAAAAUGUAAAAAUCAAAUUAAAUACACAUUCUUUACAAGGUGUUGGAUAUUUCAGAAAUCUGCCCAUUGUGGUUUCUGUCCAUUAUGAAUAAUAAAUGCAUUAUGGACCGUUGCCGUAAUAUUGCUUAAUGUAGCUGUAUUUAAUGUUUAAAAAAUUGCAGUUCAUACAAGCAAUAAAACUGGAGAUACUGGAGAACUUGAAGAUGGUCAAGCACGCACCUUCAGUUCAAAUGCAACCAGUUCCUGAUGAUUUAUAUGAUUUUAAAGAUUACGAAAACAAAACCAUUGAGGACAGAGACCCCGAGAAAGUCUACGAUGAUAAUAACUACUGA